CAAAACCUGAGAAUAUAUCACUCAAAUCAUUAUUAGGUCAUUAAUCACACAAAUAGGACAUGAAUCUUUUCACUAAAAAAAAUAGCACAAGUUGGUAAAAAUGCCAACUUACCAAAAAUAGCAUUAAAGUAACAAAAAGAGUGGCAGUUGCUAUUUUUGAAACAAAAACCAAACUAACACAAACACUCACCCACGCUUCUCAGGCAAAAUUCAGGUUGCCGUAAAAUUCAAUACAAAAUCGGUGACUUCUUGAUUGAAAUGGACACUAUUAAACAAGAGAAAGUAAGGAGAUUUGAGGAGUUCGUUGAUCGCCGUCUGAAACCAGAUCUUGUUCACGCAAUUGCUCAACGGGACAAGGUCUUUGAGCAACAAAAGAUUUUCUCUGAUUUAAGAAGUAAUAUAGAGAAUUUGGAGAAGAACAGUGUAACUAAUCUCAGGACGUUGGUUAAUCUUGGCUCUGAAGUAUACAUGCAAGCUGAUGUGCCAGAUACAACACGCAUAUGUGUCGAUGUCGGGCUUGGAUUUCAUGUGGAGUUCACUUGGUCGGAAGCUCUAAAUUAUAUAUCAGCAAGGGAGGAGAAAAUAGCUAGGCAAAUAGAGGAAUAUACACGUCUGAUUGCAUCAAUUAAGGCCCAGAUCAAGAUGGUUUGUGAAGGGAUACGUGAGUUGCUCCAGCUUCCGGCAGAACCAGCUUAUUAAGGUGUGCAUGUCUUAAAUUGCUAAAGGAGAGGGAACAUGUCUUAAAUUGCUGAAGGAGAGGGAACAUGUCUUAAAUUGCUAAAGGAGAGAGGAUUCGCAGAGACAUAGCCCAAAAGUGAAAAAUGAAGACAAGAUAAUCCUCUAUCCACUAAAGGAGCUUCAUGAUGAAGUUGUGCAAUUUUUUGUUGAAAUAGAAGAAUUGUGCAAAUUUUCUGUAGUUACGGGUGCAGGUAGUUGAUCAAAGUUCUCCAUCAACCUUUUGGAUUUUGUGAUUGCUGCAUUAGGUAUCAGAAUGACUGGGUUUUCUUAAUGCUAAUUACUGACUGAUCAAUGGCUCGUAGAGAGUGGAAUUGGAACCAUACCACCUAUUGACAUGGUAAUAUAUUUGAGGUCAGUUGUAAUUGUGUGUU